AUGGUUCAAUUAUCAACUGAUGCUGUCAUCACCCUCGUCAGCACAAUUCCUGGACUCAUUGUCUCUUGUCUAAGUGCCUGGUUCGCCUACCUAGCACUACACCGAAAACCCAUCCCCCAGAGCGAUGUCGAAACAGCCGCGAUGCUCUUCAUGAUCCCAACGGCAUUUUCUAUUCCUCCUAGUGCCUUGUCCCACACCGAUUCAGAGAGGACAUUGACGAAUGGCGAUGCCCUUCAACUACCACCCGCAACGAGUCAACAAUGCAUUGGGUCGAGCCACUCUCGAGUGCUUGCACAUGCUGAACGUGUAUCAUAA